AUGAACCACGCCAGGGCUGCACAAGAUAUGCUUGUACAGUGCCUGGCGGAGGCAGGUGGCGGGUUGGCCAUCGUCGCCGAUCCGUAUAGGAUCCCCGAGGACAACCCCAACUGGGUCGGGGACUCCUCGGGGAAGGUGGCGAUGGUCAGCCAACAUGUUGAUGGCGCUCCGCCGAUGCUCCCAGUGUCGGCCGGUGAGGGCUUUGUAAUGGUCGAGUACGGACCCAUCGAUGUCCUGGGCUGUUACUUCCCCACUAGCAUGAGCAGGGGGGAGUUCGAGGCGGCUCUGGAUGGCAUGGAGAGCGACAUCCUCAGUCGCUCUCCCAGGCCAGUCGUUGUGGGGGGAGACCUCAAUGCAUACGCUGUGGAUUGGGGCUGCCCCCGCACCGACACCAGAGGCCGCCUGGCCCGGGACUUUGCAGCGGGGCUCGGCCUGCAAUUACGAGCAAUAUUCUUAUACGAGUUCAAACUAGGCCAUAAAGCAGCAGAAGCGAUUCGUAACAUCAAUAGCGCAUUCGGCCAGGGAUCCACAAACGAACUUAUAAUGCGACGUUGGUUUCAAAAAUUUCGGAAUGGUGAUGAGAGCCUUGAAGAUGAAAAAGAUCGUGGACGUCCAUCGGCAGUUGGCAACGACAAAUUGAAGGUAUUGCUCGAGGCAGAUCCGCGCACAACAAUUCGACAGCUAGCUGUAAAGUUAAACGCAAGUCAUCCUACAAUUUUGGACCAUCUCAGGCAACUUAGAAAAUCAAAAAAACUCGAUAAAUGGGUACCGCAUGAAUUAAACAAAAAUAAAAAAAAUCGUCGGUAUGAAGUGUGCUCUAUGCUUCUUUUGCGCAACAACAACAAUCCAUUUCUCGAUCGUAUUGUGACAUGCGAUGAAAAUGAAUCGAUUUUAUACGACAACCAGCGGCGCUCAACACAGUGGUUGGACCGCGGCGAAGCUCCACAACACUUCCCAAAACCGAAGCUGCACUAAAGAAAGACCAUGAUGACGGUUUGGUGGUCGUCAGCCGAUUUGAUCCAUUACAACUUCUUGAAUCCAAGCAAAACCAUUACGGUAGAGAAAUAUUGUCAAAAAAUUGACAAAAUGCACCGCAAACUGCAACGCUUGUACCUGGCAUUGGUCAAUAGAAAAGAUCCCAUUCUUCUUCAUGAUAAUGCCUGGCCACAUGUCGCAUAACCAACGCUGCAAAAACUGAAUCAGUUAGGCUACGAAACUCUGGCUCAUCCACCAUACUCACCAGACCUUUCGCAAACCGAAUAUCACUUUUAAGCACCUCGAUCACUUCCUGCAAGAGAAAGUCUUCAACAACUAUGGUGCUGUUGAAAAUGCCUUCCGAGAGUUUAUCGAU